UCGCUCUCGGCGGUUGCAGUCUCGGGCACCGACCUCGUCUACCUCGGGCCGCUCGCGGCCAUGAUCACGGUCAUGACGGUCGAGUUUCGCUCUGCCAAGACGACCAAUCUCGCAUGGGCGCACUGGGUACGUGACUUUGCGCGGCGCUGCCCGCGCCUCCGCGAGUUGGAGGUCCACGUCGCGGUCAAUGGCGCCCCGCUGCAACUGCUGCUGGACGUUCUCGGCCAUCCCGCGCUGCGCUUCUUGACCUUGCGGCGCGUAUUAGGGCUAAAUGGAGCGUCCAUGGAGAAGCUUCUCGCGUGGCUGCAGCGCGGCGACGCGCGUGGGCUCCGCCUCGACGGCGUCCCGUUUGGCGAGACGGACGCGCUUGCGUUCUGCGACGCCUUGAGCACCUGCACUUCGCUACUCGAACUUUGCGUCAGCCACGGACAGUACCUCUCGCAGCGACUUUUGGACGGCAGGUCGUUGCCGCCCAACCUCCGCGUGUUUGCAUGGGGCGAGUACCACCGGCGCGGGGCAACCGCCGCACCCCGGUUCACCGCACUGCGCGACACCUCCCAGCUGCACACACUCGACUUGUCGGGCAGCCGGGUGCUCUGUCCCAACGCGAUCGCAGCGCUCUUGCCGCACCUGCCGCAGCUUCGCUCGUUCGAUGUCUCCAAAGUCACGUUCGACCCGCUGAACGAUGUGGUGCAGUUGAUGUCGGCCAUGGGGCAACGGCCGACGCUCCAGCACGUCUUGGUGGGCCAGUGCAAGCUACCGCAGUCGGUGCUGCCUCCGCUUCUCGGCUGCAUUCCGUCGUGGCCCUCGCUUCGACGCCUCGACCUCGCCGGCUUGUACGUCCCUGCACGAGCGUUCCGUGCAAUGGUGACGGCGCUCGUCGCGUGUCCGGACUUUGCGUUUUUGAGUCUGCGCUUCCCGCCGUUUACCGAUGCAAUGUGGCGCGACAUCGUCCCGACGCUCGGCGCCGGUCUCCUGAAAUGGCGGCGUCUUGUAUUUAGCGAGUGCCAGCCCACCGCCGUCCAAGUGAUUCAGCUUUUGCGCCGCCUCUUGAAGCACAACCAACGAGCGUUUAUUGUGACCUGCAGCAAGGGCUACUCGGCCGAUGCCUUGCAGAACGCGUAUACUGGGCUGCUCCACGAGCGCGGGCUCUUGCCACCGACACGCGAGUCGUGUGUCGUUGCAUUUGUGUAGUAUCGAUGUAUGUGUCUUUGAUCUACGAGUGUGUGCUUGUCCUCGA